UGACACCUUCCUGAUUUCUCCACGCGCGCCUAUGACAAGCCAACGCUCCCUGCGCUGAUGGCACACGCGAUGCUGCGCCGAGCCUGCAAGGCAACCCGCGAACAGCUAACGCGGACACAGGUCGGCCGCAUGCAACAACCUACAAAUGUACACGUUCGGCCUCAAUGCUGGAGUCGGUGUGCCAAUCAGAAUUGACGUCUGUACUCCCGCUUGGCAGAGCGACUGGGACUGUGGGGGGUGGCACGGCGUGCACCCCGCGCAUGUCCGAGGAGAAGACACAGGUGGAGAUUGACGAGUGUUGGGAGGAAGGAGGAGGUGACGGCGCGCGCGUGGGGAAGGGAGCCGCGCUGGAGCCGAGGCAGGCGAUGGCCUUCGGUCACCCUGCCUUCGUGGGCGGGACACCUGCCUGCUCAGCGCCAGGGGAGCCGAUCUUCCCGCCCCUCGGGAGACGGUGGACAACACGGCCCUCCGCCAGCCGACCCGUCGCCGCUCUGCCUCCGCGGGGCCUCCGCCGAGGGCGGCCUGCGCCGCGCGCGAGGCCCCGACCCGCCACGCCCAGCCCUUCAAGGAGGCGCCACGCCUGCGCCCGCACCGACCCUGCGUGCGCUCGCCCAGCGCCGGUGGCGGUGUGUUUCCUUGGGGUCGCCGGGCAAAGACCUCCACGCUCACUGGCCCUCGGGGGGUCCUCGGGCAUCGGCUCCCCUGGCCGCCGCUGUGCACAUAAGCUCCCACCUCGGGCUCAGAGAUGGCGUCGGGAACCCUGCCCGACUUAACCGUGUGGCCGGCGUCGCGGGCAAACAAAAACUAAGCAGGAGGCCUCGGCAGGUCGGCAGUGGGAGAUGAAAGAGCGUGUUCUACCGCUGCUGGAAAAGGAAAGGCAUCGCAGACCCAGUUGAGGCACAGCAGCAAACACUCUAGAACCACGAGCGCGCUUCGCGCGCGCUCGUGGUUCUAGCACAGCGCAGGGCAGCGUCUCGACACGGCAGGUGCGCCUCGCAGCGUCUGUCCUGCAGAUGCUUCGACCCGCUUCAGGCAUGAUUCGCACCCCUCGCGC